AACUGAGUUGGAAGUUGGGUGAUAUUCUAAAACAUGUGUGUGGCUGUUUAGAGAACGGUGAAAACUGACCACAUUUUGUAGCGAGAUUAUAAUUUCACAAAUGAAACACGUCAUGAUCGGGUUAUUGAAGUUGUUAACAUUUAAAACUCCGGUGAUUUAAUUAAUCAUGUUUGGACCGAGAAACAAAGGUUUGACGUUUUCGAGGGUCAUAGACAGUCACAAUCACACUCACAGCAUUUGAGAAACUGUGGGAUGUCUUUGCAUUUCAGCGAAGAGGCGUUUUUAUUCACUCUGUUUCACAUUCUUGAAAAGGCUACGUGGAAGGAAACAUCCAUCAACUUAUAUAUAUAUGGAUGAAAUCGAAGAUCUGAAAUGACUGCAACAGAUCAUCGUGUCAAUACUGAAGAAAGAGGAGGACGAGAGCCAGACCAGCUGAUUUGCGGGGAGUGUCGAAGUGAGUUUCGCCAGAUUUCUGAGUUCAUCCACCACAAGGCAGAACACACCACUGGUGCUGGUUCUUACCUUUGUGAGUUGUGUGGCCGAUGUUUCCUGUCUCGCACAGUGCUGGCUUACCACUACCGCAGCACACAUAAACUACAGCCUGCUGGCUCACCUUUACACAACCCUCCUCGUUGUGAGGAUGUGGUAGCCACACAGGAUGCAGCAUCAGAAAAUGGCUGUCUGGGUUUGCUGUUAGUUUUGGAACCGGAAACAAGAGUCCCUUUGGAUAACCAAGAUGGAAAAUGUGUUGACAUUGACAGCGUGGCAGUCCCAGAUAGUGGUGUCCUUCCCAAGAAUACUUCCCCAGGUGGAUUUGACUGCCCUAUCUGUGGGAAGGUGUUUCAGAAGCACCGUUUACUGCAGAGGCACAGCGAGACCCACAGGCCCAGGAGGGACUUCCUGUGUGAGCGCUGCGGAAAGACAUUUGCCUCCCGGAGCAGGCUGGUAGCUCACCGGCAGCGCCACAUGGUGGCCCCCCGUGUCUACUCCUGCCCGCAGUGUGAGUUCCGUUCAGCCCUUCCUGCCCUGGCACAGGCACACAGGCAGCUCCACGCGGCCGGCUGCCAACGCUGUUCCCUCUGUGGAAACGUCUACACUGACCGUGCCACCCUCCGCAAGCACAUGCGUGUUCACGCCCAGGAGAGGCCAUACGAAUGCAGUCAGCCGGGCUGUGGCUGGAGGUUCAAGACUGAAGUCAUGCUGAAGGCACAUGUCCGUGCCCACACGUCUCGAGGGGGGUUCGAGUGCCCAGACUGUGGCUACCCCUUCCGCAGGAAACACCACCUCCAGAGGCACCAGGAGAAAAUGCACGGGGCAGCUAGAAGGGGGACACACCGGCAGGCCUGGGCAGGGCAGAACCCACGGCUGGGAGAUGAUGCUGUUGAUAUCUUUACAGAGAACACUGAGAUCCUGGAUGUAGAGAGAGGCAUUCAGGCGGCUCAGCUCACACUGACGGUGGGGAGUGAGGAAACCGUUCCCCAUGCUUCGGGCCUGCAUGCCAGAAAAGAGCUUGUUUGGAAGCGCUGAUUACACCCACUGAAGACCAAGUGUUGUGAGGGCAUAAGGUGUCCUUUUUAUUGCCAGCUACUGAAAAGGUUGCAUUUUCUAUCAGAAAACAGCCACUGACCUUUGGGAAAGUCACAUGCAUUUGUUUCACACAGUUGUAUAUUUGAAUUUGAGGUGAGGUCAUAUAUGUUGCAGCUCAUGCUUCUAAGCAGAAACACCAAAACGGAAUUCUAAAAAAACACACGUAAAGUAAAAUCUUAAACGGUUAAGAAAUUAUUCUGAUAAUGUGUUGAUAUACCACCCCCUCCCCUGGUUCAGUCUCCCUUGUUAGCCAUCCUGUAGGGACUUGUCCUGGGGGGACCAUGGGUCACUCAAAUCCUGAGUUUGCGUGGGAUGCAAUUCCAGGAUAUAGGCAUUGUGCUUGGCCAAUACAUCUCUACAAUAUAGAAAUGAGGUUCAAGUUGAAGAUUCCACUAUUUCUCGAAAUUAAGCUUUAUAAAUCCACCCUCAGCUUGUCCUCACAACAUUCCUUUCUUAUAGCUGGUUUAUAUAUCGCACCGACUGACACACGUACUCUAAUGGCAUCACUCAGGGUCUUGAGAUGCAAUGUGUACAGCAUAUGACAGUAUGGUUCUGGCGAGGGCCAUUACAUCUCAGUGCCUGUGACCAAUGAAGUUCACCACUGUAUAGUGAGAAUAGAAUGUAACAGGGCAGUCAUGGGCAUUAGGAAGUUAUUAAGGGAAUCUCUACUAUGGAUUUGUAAUUAUGGUCACUGCAAGCAAUCCCAAAAUCGAAAAUGUUUUACCACUUUGUUACCCUUCACUCAUAAGCCUUAGACAAUUGUAUUGUUUCGCAUUGAAAAGAGCAUUGCAGUGAAUCUUUAGUAGGUUCUUAAUUUAAUAGCUACUUUAAUAAUUCUGGUACUUUUACUUUUAGGUAGUCUCUUACUGUUUCAUUUCCCAGGCCACUUCUGGGUCAUAGCAUGUUACUGGCUGAAAGCAGGUCUGUCAGUAAGAGAAGCAGCUGUUUGGUUAAUGACUGGAAAGAAGGCAUUAAAGAAAUGGGGACCAUUUUACUCACAAGGUGAAAUUACUGUGGAGAUGAAAGACUUCCUGACCUUAAGGCUUGCAAUUUGAGUUUUCUUAACAUAAUACGGUACCAGAUAUAAUUUUAUCAGGAACAUGUUUUUCUUUCAAAAUGUGAGAACUAGGUAGUAAUGGAUGUAAGCUGUCUUAAUUGUAGAGUAAUUGACUAUAUGAAAGCUUUUGAAGAAAUACCCUAGCUAGUAGCAAGAUACUUGAAGUUAAAGCUAAUGACUGGCAUUUUAAAGAACUCGAACAUAAGCGUUUCAGAUAAAAACAAAUUGCCACCAGUAUUUUAUAGC